UUCUCCCCAGCAGCUUCCUUUCCCCUGUCCGUCUCCUCUCCUGUUUUCUUUUUUCUUUCUCCUCGCGUUUAAAGCUCCGAGGCCGAAUCGCCCUCCGAACUCCAACCAAAGUCGUCUCUCCGCACGCACCGAAUUUCCCCCACCGCAGGACAGCUUCUACUCCUCGUCGUGGCCCUCCUCCGCGCGGCCUUCCUUGCCGCAGUAGAGUACCUCCGGAAACGGGGACCCCGAAUUCUAGUUUGAGCGGGUAGUACUACUUCAUGUCAAUAAGCAAUCUGAGGAGGCGGCUCCAUCAUGGAGAUGUCGAUGGAAGGAAAAAUGAGCACGUUGACAUAUCCAGUGCUGAUGCUCUCAACGAACCUCUACUUGGCUCCAGCCAUGACAACGGUGGAUCAGAGGUUUAUGAUCCUAGAAGGCAGGACUUGUGGGAUGAUGAUAGAAAGAAGGAGCAACUGCACUGGUCAUUUCUUUUCUCAAAUCUGAUUGCACAAUGGGCACAAUGGUUGGCAAAUAUUAUUGUAGGCUCAGGAUCAAUUUUUGGCAGGUUAUUUCCCUUCUCCUUGGAUAACCAAAGUAAUCCAGUAUAUCUUAGCCCUUUGCAGGAAGAACGGCUGAAUACUCUGAGACGCAGAUUGCAAAUCCCUUUUGAUGGCUCCCGUAUUGAACAUCAAGAUGCCUUGAGACAGCUGUGGCGUUUAGCCUACCCUACUCGCGAGAUUCCUCCUCUGAAAUCAGAAUUAUGGAAGGAGAUGGGUUGGCAAGGCACUGAUCCAUCUACAGAUUUCAGGGGUGGUGGACUCAUAUCAUUGGAGAACCUUAUCUUUUUCGCAAGGAACUACGCUAAAUCUUUUCAAAUGCUUCUGAACAAAGUGCAAGGGCAGAGAUCAGAUUGGGAGUACCCUUUUGCUGUUGCCGGUAUCAAUACUUCAUUCAUGCUGAUCCAGAUGUUGGAUCUUCAGUCAACCGUUCCAUCCUCGAAGUCUGGAAUUCGAUUCCUUGAACUGCUUGAACGGGAUGAGAAUGCAUUUGAUCACUUGUACUGUGUGGCCUUUCGGCUGCUUGAUGCUCAGUGGCUUGUGAAACGUGCCUCAUAUAUGGAAUUCAAUGAAGUCAUGAAAACUACAAGAAGUCAGUUGGAGCGCGAACUGGUUCUAGAGGACGUGCAGGCGGUGAAGGACCUGCCGUCGUACACUAUGCUGGACAAAUAAGUUAAAAACCAGAUGUUGCAUUUGGAUGCCGGAGAAUUGACUAUUCUAUAUCGAGAGGCGUGUUUGAGGCCUUAUCUAUGCUUCCUUUGUAGUUGUAGUACAUAUUUGAAAUUAUUUCUGUUCCUUUUGGACGUGCUAGUUGGAGGAAAUGAACAAUCAAUUUAAUACAUAUCUGCUUUAUAUAUUUUGAACCA